UGCUCUUCCCAGCCCCCUUUUGCUUCUUUACGCUUAUCCUUGACUCCUAAAGAGACCAAAAAUUUAAUCCUUUGUUUACUUGCUUCGCUGUUGCUUGGGCUAAACGUAAUCUAACUAAACUCUAACUUGCAGGCACUGACGUCUUUGUUUACAUACACUAGACUAGCUAAGAAGUAGUUUAUAUUGGUCACUUGAAAUACUUCUUUCGUACUGAAUUUCUGCCUCUCGAGAAACUUUUGGAACCCAAUUUUCAGUAAACGAAAUUGUUUUAUUUGUUGUUUUAUUUUUUUAUUUUUUGUUAAAUUCAGCUACUUCGGUAUUUGUUUAAUUGCUCUUUAAUAUGUCACCUAUCAGACAAUACGGUUGGUAUCAAUGGCCUAUGCGCAUUUUCCAGUUGAUGAUCGCUACGAUCGUUUUAGCUUUGGCUGCUGCACUCGUUGAUCAACAAAAUAACGGCGGCUCCCCCGGUAAAAUUAACUUUUCUGUUUUCGUUGGUUGCUUUUCUAUUUUGACUUUCUUCCUUACAGCCCUUGGUGCUUUUUGGCCCAACAUUGUCGGCAACGUUUAUUUAGUUGCGGCCUACGACUUAAUAAACUUAAUUUUUGAUAUAACUGCUGGUUGCUGUAUUGCUGUUGCUAUUCGUGUGCAUUCUUGCGCCAACCGAAACUUCUUAGAGAGUAACAAAUUCACUCAAGGCAGUGGCAAGCGUUGCCGAGAAUUGCGCGCUCUUUGUUUCUUCCUUUGGUUCUUGUUUGGUCUCUACCUUGUUUCCUUCAUCAUGCAAUUCUUCUUGAGGCACGAUGGUGGUUCUCAUACCUACACCUCCCGCGGUGGUGGUCGCAAGAAGGGAAGCGGCCCUGCCGUUGCCCCUCGUCCUGUUAUGUCGGCUGUCUAAAAAGCACCUAGGUGUCUUUUUCCUAGGUCCCUGUAGGUCCCAUAAUGUGUUUAUGGGGUCUGCUCUUGUAACAGGGGCUAUCUUUUUAAAAAAAACCCUUUUCUUGGAGUUCUUUUUGUAUUUUUGUUUUCCCAAGAAAAUUUAAUCACAUAAAUUAUUUAAAGUUCCGAGUCGGAACAUGGAUGAUGUUUGGUAUUAUUUAAUUAUUAUGAUUACCUUUUUUAUAAUGAAGCUGAUCGUGAGUUAUGUGUGUACAAACUCCCCCGAAAAUUCUGAAAUUAAUCCUAAUUACUCCGUUUGGUAACGAGAUAUGCUUCUAAUUUGAUGAUCUUAGAUAGGUAAUGAAACCAAGUCGUUGAUGUUGCUAAUGAUGAUGAAGCUAAGGAAGUUUGGAAUCUUUGUAUUCUAUUCGCGACGUUUUCUUAUUUGCCAUUCCCAGCUUCCUUUUUUGAUUCAAUCCUGCCACUGAGAAAGUGUUCGCCUAGUUAGUUAUAUCUUUGAUCCGACUCUUGUUACAAAUCGGUUGUAUGGGCUGAUGUUUUCUUUAUUUUCGCUUUUUUUCUUUCUCUAAUGACUGUUGUCUUGCUUCGUAACUUGGUUGCGAGUGAAGAAAGACACCGAAGUUGGUUGUGCUUUUUUUUUGAUUUUAUUUAAAGAAUAUUUAUGUUUUGAUGAGUUGUUUGUGAUGAUCACAACCUGCGGAAAGUUCCCAGUAGAAGCAACAGCAGUGGUCGAUCCUUUGCAUUUUUAAAUCAUAAUUGAAUGAUGUUGCUUCUACUAACUUUUCUUCCCUCCUCCAACAAAUCCCAAGGAAAGGCUAUUUUCUUUGGAGUUUUGUCGAUCAUUAUUUGUCGGUUUCUUUCGUAUUGUCGUAUUAUAUAUUUAAUAUCUAUAAAAAACGGAUUGGUUGUUGGUUUUACUUCGUAAUAUUUUUACAGUUUUAAUGAGUUUCGCCCAACCUGAAGUGAAGUGAAUCAAUAAUAUGUUCCAAAUAAUAUUUCAUGAAAAAGC